AUGGAAUUUGAGCAAGGGAAGGCUGAAGUCGUUCAUACCGAGGAAGGAAAGGGAUCCUCCUCUGGUGAUGCAUACGAUGGAGUAAAAGAAGGCCGAACUGAAUUGGAAGCAUCGGCGACAUCAGAUCUCAAGCUUGACAAGAAAGGUCUUCCCCUAGUACCACAGCCAACAGAUCGUAAAGACGAUCCACUAAACUGGUCUCCAUGGCUCAAAUUGUUCAUCCUUUUGCAAGUCAGCUGGUUGGCUUUCCUUGGUCCUAUGGCCGGCGCAAUCGUCAACCCAGCCUUCAUCCCCCUCAGCAAACAGUUCAACAUCACUGUAGUAGAAGCUUCUUAUGAGCUUACGAUGUAUAUCGUGUUUGCGGGCGUGGGGCCACUGCUUACAGUUCCGCUAUCGAACUUGUACGGUCGAAGGCCAGUUUACAUUGUCGGCAACCUUGUGGCGGCUGUGACCAAUGUCGCUGCAGGUCGCUGCACCACAUGGGCUGGAAUAAUGGUGACAAGGGCCUUUAACGGAAUAGGCGCAGGUUCGCCCGCAGCGAUCGGAGCCGCUACUAUUUGUGACAUGUAUUUCUUGCAUGAGCGUGGGUUCUACAUGGGAAUCUUCACCUUCUUCCUCACCAAUGGACCUCAUGCUGCUUCCCUUUUCGGAGGAUUCAUAGCUCAGAAUUUAGGGUGGCGUCAGUGCUUCCUCAUUCCGGUAAGCUUAUAUGGAGGUUAUAUGCAGAUAAGCACGCUAGUUUUCACGCUGUUCUGCCUCCCAGAAACAAUCUAUUCUCGCCGAUCCAUUGCCGGUCAACGGGAACGCUCUUUCAGGGAUCUUCUUCUCUUCAAGAAUUCUGGAUUACAGGAUCGCAAACUACAACCUGCCGACUUCCUCAAACCCUUUUACAUGUUUAAGUAUCUUGCAAUUGUCAUUCCAGGGUUUUACUAUAUGACAGCUUUUGGGUUUGGCUCGGUGAUGUUUGCGGCGACAGGAUCGAAGUUGUUCCAUCAAAUGUACGGUUUCGAUGUUGCGCAGACUGGGUUGAUGCUUAGCAUUCCUCUGCUCAUCGGCUGUCUGCUCGGUGAGAUGAGCGCAGGCUGGCUAACAGAUUACAUGGUCUAUCGAUACGCCAAAAAGCACAGAGGUCGACGGGAGCCAGAACCUCGUAUAAAUGCGAUCCCUCUCGCUGUUCUCUGCCCGAUUGGAAUCAUCAUCGACGGCAUCUGCUUGACGCAUCACAAGACAGUCCCCUGGGUAGGAGCGGCAUUCGGUAUGGGGAUCGCCAAUUUUGGCCUUCAAGUCGCAACCACAAUUACGUAUAGCUACUGCACAGAUGUAAGUGUCGAGGCGGCAUUCUUCCUCGGGACCUAUUUCCUAACUGAAGGACAACAGUGCUACAAGCCCCAGAGUUCCGAGAUUUCCAGCAUCCUCAACCUAUUUCGAAGCAUUUUCUCCAUGACAAUCUCAUUCUACGCGUAG